UUCUCACGGGUUUCUUUCUGCAGGAGGAGCCGCUGGAGUAGGCCUUACUGUACACACUGUGGUGAGGAUCUCCCCGCGGAAUUACUUCUCAUCCAGCCAGACGGCGGUCAGGUGAGGGCGGGAUCCCGCCACCAGUGCGGCACUUACCUCCAGGCAUCUGCCUCCCCCCUGACGCCUUGUCGACUAUGUUUUGCAGGCGCUGGUCAGACGGAUCGGUGUAUGCAUUCCGCGGCAUUCAAGCGUCGGGUUCAUUCCAAGCAUCAGUCAUUUGAUCAAAUGGAUAAUGGAGACUGGGGAUACGUGACGACCGAUCCAGUCACGCUCAAUGUUGGGGGCCACGUGUACACGACCUCACUCUCAACACUAACUCGUUAUCCGGAUUCCAUGUUGGGUGCUAUGUUUCGGGGUGACUUCCCCACUGCUAGAGACUCCCAGGGCAAUUACUUUAUUGACCGCGACGGAUCCCUUUUCCGCUAUGUGUUGAACUUUCUACGGACAUCAGAACUUACUGUUCCCGUAGACUUCAAGGAGUUUGAUCUGCUGCGGAGAGAAGCCGAUUUUUAUCAGAUUGAACCUUUAAUACAAUGUCUUAAUGACCCCAAACCUUUAUACCCUACGGACACUUUCGAAGAAGUCGUGGAGCUGUCUAGUACAAGGAAACUGUCAAAGUAUUCCAACCCGGUGGCGGUAAUCAUCACUCAGCUUACCAUCACCACCAAGGUGCAUGCGCUGCUGGAGGGCAUCGCCAACCAUUUCACGAAAUGGAACAAGCACAUGAUGGACACCCGGGAUUGCCAGGUCUCCUUUACUUUUGGGCCGUGCGAUUACCACCAGGAGGUCUCCCUUAGAGUCCACCUUAUGGAGUACAUAACCAAGCAAGGUUUUGCCAUCCGAAACACCCGGGUCCACCACAUGAGCGAAAGGGCCAACGAGAACACCGUGGAACAUAACUGGACUUUUUGCAGACUAGCUAGGAAGACAGACGACUGAUGUAGGCACGACUGAGAUGCCUUCAGCUUUAGCUGAGCUCUCUGCGUGCUCCUGCGCACAUCCUUAUUUAUUAACAGCCACCACGACUGGAUAGUCCUGCUACCGUGACUCCUCCAUUGUUCUGUUACCCAGCACGCAUGCAUGUGCCUAUACAUGGAGCAAUAUCCAUGCUUCAACAUAGGCUUCCAAACCUUAAUGCACAUUACCCUCCUCGGUGUUGAUAUGUGAACGCUUACGUACAAGAGGCUCAGAAGAUCAUUGCUGGAGCUUCACGGACCAUCUGAAAGUUUCAGCCUCGUGUCCGUCACGAACAGCUUUCGUGAAAUGAUGCGGGACCUUGAAAAACGUUGACUUAAAAAAAAUAAGCUACAGAGAACAAAUUGUGGGAGAGACUUUGAGCACUGACGUGAGAUUUCAGAUAUGCAUUCUCUUAGUAUCAUUUAAGACUUAGAAAUCUUCAGAAGUUUACAAGCCGACUCGCCACCGCCAUCGCCAGAUACUCUCAGAUUGAAGGCAUUUCAGAAGCAUCUGGAUCGUACAUGGCUUUCCAUAAGGCUUGCAGAUAACCACUGUCUACGUAGCAUCACCUGCCGGACGCAAGCGUACGUGAUUCGGCUCAUCAGCUCGUGUGACCAUAUUGAUAUCGGCUCUUGUUAUUCUAGAAAUAUGUCUGAGCUGAUUGAAGGGGUUAAUCCAACCCCAUAAAAUGUCAAACGGACCGCUGAUAGUUAUAUAAGCUAUCCUGUGAUUCUUUCUUCGGUCCACCGACCUAUCUCUGCUUACCGAGCCCCAGUGAUCACAUCACGUGACCACCGCAGCCAAUCACUGAGGUCACUGCUGCAGGAAAGUGAUUGGCUGCGGUGGUCACACAAAUCUCUGGAGCCGGCUGGGGAUCAGAGGAGACGCAGGGUCAAGGUGCUGAGGAUUAUUCCUUUCUUAUUUUAUAUGAUUAUCAUCGCAU